UAGUCGGCCUUGGAAAUCCGUCCUCUGCCGGAAGCCAGGCAGCGCCAGCGCUCGCCGCUUUUCCGGAAGCGCGGGAGCCUUGGUUUUUGUUGGCUGGGCUUAGGCGAGUCCGCUGUACCGUAAUACCAUUAAAGGCUCCAUUUCCCCCGAGACUUUACGGUCAUUUGAGGCGAAAUGGCUCCGGGCGAGAGAGGAAGGUGCGGUGGCGACGGAGGGGCCGCCGCUACCUCCGGCUGCGCGUAGGGAGGGAGCAUGAAGGCGCUCUGAGCCGUUGGGGCCUGCGCUGGUUCCCUUUGCAGUGAUAACCGCCUGCGGCAAAGAUGAGCUCGGCGUGGGUCACCUCUUUCGAGAAGGAGCAUCUCUGGAUGUAUCUGCAGGCGCUCGGGUUCGAGCCAGGCCCGGCCACCGUUGCCUGUGGCAAGAUUGUGUCGCACACGCACCUCGGAGUGAACAUGUUUGAUAAAUUGAACCGUGAUGCCUUCCAAAUCGUUUCUUAUUUUUUGUUUCAAACACUGGACCAGUCACUCACCAAAGAAGUUUUCAAGCUUUGUUGGCCUCCAUUUGACCAAAAGAGUGACACUGAAUUCCGGAAACAUUGCUGUGAUUGGUUAAAAAAGAUUUCUGCUGAAUGUGGAAGUAGUUUUCCUCAAGUUGUUGGAUCAUUGUUUCUUUCUCCUGGUGGUCCUAAGUUUAUUCAUCUGAUGUAUCAUUUCGCAAGAUUUGUUGCAAUAAAAUAUAUAAAAACCCAUUCUAAAAAUUCUUCUAUACGUUUUACGGAGACAUUUAAUGUAAAGCCACAAGAUAUGCACAAAUGCAUUGCCAGAUGCCAUGUAGCACGUAAUCGAUUUUUACACGUUUUGCAAAGAGAAGAUUGUGUUAUUCAAAAGUAUCAGGAAAAUGCACAAUUGUCAGUUAAACAAGUAAGAAAUUUGAGAUCAGAAUGUAUGGAACAUCAAAACCAAAUAAAGAAAGUGGAAUCCUCUGAUGACGAAAGUAAUAUACAAGAGAAAAUCCAGAAGGUCCGGUCUUUGUGGGCUUCAGUGAAUGAAACACUAAUAUAUUUGGAAAAAGAAAAAGAAGUUGUUAAUGCAGUCCUUAGUCUUGUUAACCAAUAUACUUUAGAUGGAACUAAUGUUGCUAUCAACAUUCCAAGGCUCUUACUUGACAAAAUUGAGAAACAGAGGUGUCAGUUGCACAUAGGAAGUGUUUAUGAGGCUGGAGAAUUGAACCUCUUAACAGUUAUUCGGUUAUUAAAUGAAGCCUUAAAAGUAGUGAAAUAUGAACGUUGUCAGGCUGACCCAGCAAAACUGAAAAUAGAUCUUCAUUUCCUUGAAAAAGAGACCAAACUUCAGAGAGAAAGAUUAUCAGAUCUGAAGCAUAUAAGGUGUAAAAUAAAAGAAGAUCUCACCAAUAUAAAACAUUCUGUUGUUGAAAAACAAGGAGAAUGGUUUAAAAAGUGGAAAGAAUUUCUUAGUCUGUCUCCUUUCAGUCUAAUUAAAGGUUGCACUCCAGCUGUGGAUCUUUUACCACCAAUGUCUCCUCUUUCAUUUGAUCCCGCCUCAGAAGAAGUAUAUGCAAGGAGUAUUCUUUUGCAGUAUCCUGCUUCACUUCCAGAUACACCUAAGCAACAUAACCAAGAAAAUGAUUGCAGGAGAGCCAGUGAUAUACCGGAAACUAUACAUGGUCUAGCCAACAGAAAUGCUUCUUUCCUGUCACAGCCAGUUUCAUCGUCAGAUAGAAACAGCGUUAGAUUACUUGAAAAGGACAUGAAGAUAAGAACUCCUAGAAAAGGAAAUGAAACACUUUCUAACAAGACACCAAAAUUUGAAAUGAAAAAUUCUACAUCGUCAGAUACUGCAAGUACAGAGAAUACUACAUUUGGAGGGUCUCUGCCACCUAAAAAUAGGGAUCCAUUUCAAAAAGAGCAGGAUCAUUUGGUAGAAGAGGUUGCAAGGGCAGUUUUAUCGGAUUCACCACAGCCCUCUAAUGGAAAAGAAGUAAAAUUAGAGGAAAUAUUUGAUUCUCUAGUUUCUAACCCAUUCUUAACAAGGAAACAAAUUCCCCGAACGCCAGAAAACUUGAUAAGUGAAAUUAGGAGUUCAUGGAGAAAAGCUGUUGAAUUGGAAGAUAACAGAAGUACAGAAUCAAUUCAGAUGGAUACUCAACAUAGAGAAGUAUUGCCAGAAUCCUUACCUGUGUUGCAUAAUCCAAGAGAAUUUAGCAAAACCAGCUUUCUCUCAGCAAGCACUGUAUCGAAUUCUAGCCAUUCCCAUUUGCCGGAAGAGAAAGUUGUUUCAGAUUGCCUCAAGUGUGUGCCUCAGAAACAUACAGUGACCAGUCAUACAGGUGGACCAUCAAUACAAAAUCAGUCAGAUUUGUUAAGUAAGAAAGUAAUGUGCAAGCAAGAUUUGGAGGGUGCAGCGUUACAGAACAAGCUUUUAGAAACUAGCCGAAUAGAGACAUUCUCCCCUGCUACAGGUAAUAGGAGAGUUGUGAUGGGUAGCAGUGAGGAGGAGACUUCCCUUGACCACUUGCAAGCUUCUUAUAAGGAACCUUUCAUGCAUAAAAGUAUGUUAUGGGACUCUUUUCAAGUAUCAAGUGGAAUUAGUUCCAGGAGUUUAAAGGAUAUUGAUUUUGGCAUAUUACAUGAAACUCUUCCAGAAGAAGUUGGUAACCUAAGUCUUAAUAGCUCCAGUAGUACAGAGGCCAAUUUUAAACUGGAACCAAGUAGUCCUUUGCACAGUAGCAUUUUUCCAGAAGAUGUGGGAGAAAGACCAGCUACUCCAGGAUCAGACUGUAAUUUACAGGCUAUUUGCCGUAGAUAUGAAGCUCUGAAAAAAUCUCUCUCCAAGAAAAGGGAAGAAAGUGGCCUUUCCAAUCCUGAAACACUUGGAAGACACAAACCAGAAUUGAGUCCUACUCCCACAAACAUGCAAACAGAUGAUAUGCUUGACUUUUUAGACAGUCAUGAUAUGCAUGUUGACUAUACAAAACCAUCUUUAUGCAUGUCCCUUGGUGAAAGAAAACGGUCUCUUUCACCACUAAUUAAGUUUUCUCCAGUGGAACAAAGAUUGAAAACUAUAAUACCAUGUAGUCUUGGAGAACUUCUACCUAAUUUAAAAGAAGAAGAAAUCUUGAAUAAGACCCUUGAUGCAAAUGAAUUUCAGUCGGACUUGAAAAGAUGAAGCAGAAACCCAGAUAAUUUAAUGACUAUGAUGUACUUAAAUUUCAAGCAGUGUCACAGGAUAAAAACAGACUUAUAAUUUAAAUAAAUGUUGAAAGUAAAACUUUUUUUCAAGGUCUAAAAUAUCCUAAAUAAUGCCUUUUAGCAAACAUUAGUUUUUACGUAGAGAGUAUGUUUGGAUUUUUUUUUGUAUGGAUCUGAGGUUAAAAUGUGAAGUAUUUGGGAAGCAGACAUUAGGUUUUGUGAAGACAUUUUGAUUCCUUGAAUAAUUUGUAAGCAUUAAGUAAAUAGCAAAGUAUUAGUUUAAUUUAUUACAUUAUAAUUUCAGUUAACAUAAAUAUAAGUGGUUUUUGAUGUACUUUUAUUAAUUGGUUAACAUAAUAACCAUUGAAUACUGAUCUUUCAUUUUAGGGAAAUAAUGUAACUUAUUGUUUCUUUAUGAAACAUUAUAGUACUAACCAAAAAAAGUGAGGAGAGUAGUACCUUGGGAUGUGUAGUCAGGGUGAGUAAGUUUAAGUUUAGGAAAGCUCUAUGCAGGCUUAAUUAUUAUUUAAGUAUUAAGUUAGUCCUGGAAAAUGUGUAAUUGAAUAUGUAUGUGAUGAUAGGUGAAGGACUGGCGCAGAAUGAAUUUAGAAGAAAGGAAAAAAAUGGAAGAUGUCUAGAUACUUUUAAAAGGAACACUGUCAAACUAUAAAUCCAUUCAAUGGGUUGUACAGGUUUAUAUUUAGUCUAAUUUAGACUUUGAGAAUUUAACCCUAGUUUUAUAUUUUAACGAAAAAAAAAGUAAAAAUUUAUUAGUCUCUUGUUGGUUUAAGGGGGGGGGUUAGGAAAAGCAGUGAAUUUUGAUUGUUUUACUUUCCUUCUCAAAAAACAUCAGUAUGCCACUAUGAAUAGCCUCAAAGUAAGUUGGAGAAAACUGAAUUCAGGGUACUUGUUCAGUGUCACAGUUAUGUCAGUGGUGAAGCUAGGAUUCAAUCCUAUUUUCCUUCUUUACUAUAUCACAAGACCUUCUCGAAGUUACUAAUAGGCUAGGAUAAAGGAUAUGGCCACAGGAAUUGGCCCCCUGUUGACCUUCUGGACUAUGUGGAAGUCAGAUGUGAGGCCUCACUCUCAUGAUCCUCGAAGAGAGCUUGUCUCUACCAUCCCAGUGUAUGCCAUUGCUCUGUGUGAACCAGGAGCAAUGAGCAUGGACUGGAAUGGUGGUAGCACCUAUGGUACCCCUCUGUCUAGUCCCAGUUUUUACCACCAAAACCUUGUCUGUUUGUCAAGAAACUGGUAAAGAGAGGAGAAAAGUUGAAGGGAAGGGUUCUGGAGGUGGAUGGGCUUGAUCUUUCUUCACUCCUUUUGGGCUUUUUAAGUUGUCUGAUCCCAAUUUGAAGGCCAGUCUUCUUGUGAGAAAAAAACAAGAAGAGCACAUACACUAACUACCUUAUUUGCAGUGGAAAACAAAGAGGACGAACAGUUUCUCCUAGGGGGCUAUGUUCGUUUAUUAGUUAAUACAACAAAUCACGAACUGUAGAUCUAUCUCCUGUAGAAACUAUCCUGUACUGUACCAUAAGAAAACCCACUAAACCUGUAAAUCCAAAUUUAAUGUAUUAGGGAGGAGGUAGGGUUAUUAGCAUCUACAACGUGUUGGGGCCAUUCCUAGAAAUUAAUACAUAUUGUUUCAUUUAAUUGUCCUAACUUUUAAGAUAGUGAUUAUUAUAUCUAUUCUUCAGACAAUGAUACUGAAGCUAGGGAGGGAGCUUAAAUGACUUGUCUAAGAGGGACUCAAGGAAUCAUUGGAGAUAUAUCCUAAAAACUGUAGAUUCUGUAGGUCUAAAAUGGGGAUUAAAAAAUCUAUAUUUUAAAUAUGUUUCCCUGAUAAUUCUUAGGCUCACUUAAGAUAUUUAGAAACACUGCUAGGGAAUACAGUCACAUUUAGCUCUGGGGUACCUUAAAGAAGCAAGUAUAUUAUUACAUAUGUACUGCUUUAGAGGUUAAUUGAAAAGGAAGUGCAAGUUCACCAUUAAGGGUGGGAAGCCCUUAAUUACUGAGAAUCAAAAGAUCAAAAUGUCUAUGGACAGUAUAGAUUUACAAAAACCACAUUGUUAAGUGAGUUGUACCUGUGAUAGGUUGGGAGUUUUGGCAUUCUUUCCUGUCCUUUAUAUGCCAGUGGUAUAAACAAAAAUAUCUCCUAUCUAUCAUUUUCUCCCAAACCAUCAUGAUUAUGACUUAACUGCCUUCUGGCUCUUCCCUCUCCAGUAUUGCCUGCAUAGUUACCUUUUGACUCUAAGGGACUGUUUUGAUCACUUAGUUUAAAAAAUUCCAGUAAUGGUUUAUUGCUAAUUCUAGAACAGAGUUAAAAUUUAAAGACAUACAUCGUCCCCUACGUGGAGUCCUCUAUUUCUCCUUAUACUAUUGUCCCCUGCCACCUUUUUAAAACUCAACUGCUUUGGUGAGCGUGGCUCCUUAGAAAUCGUAAUUCACAAUUAUAGCUCUUUAGGGCUCAGACCUAAUGUUACUUUCUCCUUUUUUUUUCAUUCAAAAUCAGCAAAAAUAAAAUUUAAUUGUGCGCCGCAGGUGUGGGCAGUCCGUCCUUCCUUGGGAAGGUCCGCCAGCCGUCUUGAGGGAAAGCAUCCCUGUUCUUCCUGCAGACGGGCGGGCGCCUCCAGGACCGGGAUGGCUGGCCCCUGGGGUGGGCCACCUCAGCCCCCGGGAGGGGGUUGGAUCCGAAGAGGCGAGGUGCGCAGUGGGGCCCCGGCACUUUCCUAGGCCCUUGGCUCGCUCCUCGCCGCGGAGGGCUCCAACCUAAUCUAUCCCUUCCAAACCCAUGGACUUACCCCUUCUCUAAGAUCUGUAGUUUAUCUUUUAUUCAUUUAGUAUUUUUUUCACUUAAUGCUUUUACCAUAUUUUUUCUUGAUUGUAUGUAAUCUUUGCAGUCAUACUGAUAUACAUAUGGAUAUAUGUGCCUAUGUAGAUGUGGGAGGUGUGUAUCUACCCAACAUAUUCUCAAAGGUCAUGGAUCAUCUUUAGCAAAUACUUAAGUAUUGGAAUUGUUUUCUUUGACUCCUAUGUGAUGGGAUUAAAAUAAUGGUAAAGAGUGCUCCUUCAUUGCUGUAAAUAUAUUUUUCUCAUUACAUUCAUAGCAGAUUAUACAGAAUGUACCUUGUUUUAUUCACUAUUUGUUAGAUAAAGGUGUGUAAACUGACUUCUGUGUCAACUUGAAUGACAAAAUGUCCUAAUUUUUUGUCCUAAUUGUUUUAUGUGUUUAAAGAGGACAAGCAUGGAAUGUUUAACAUGAAAAAUGUUAUCAAGUGGAAUAAAGAGUAUUUGAGGCUAAAAAAACAUUUUGGGGGAAUUUAAUUGAAAAAAAUACAGUAUUUUGAAACCAUGAUCUAUGAAAUCCAUUUUCUCUAAGGGAAAAAAACAGGAAUUCUUGAGACCUUUAUAAAGGAAACCUUAUUUUUUUCCUACUCUUGGAAUACUAAAUUAAAAUGUUUUAAGGACAUUUUCCUUAAUGUAGAAAUACUUGCAAAGGUAAAAUUCUCUUUAUGUUGCAGAUACACAGUUGCUCUUUCUCCUCACACACUGUGCAAGUCAAGUCCACAUGCCAACUUUAAAAUAUUUGUGAGUCCUUUAUGGGACUAUUUGUAAAUAUGUUCUAUUCACCAUAGUCUUGAAUAAACAUUCAAUAUUA